AUGGCGGGAGCGGCGGCGGCGGGAGGGCCGGGGGGCGGCGGGCCGGGGCCGGUGGCGCAGGGCCUGAAGGAGGCGCUGGUGGAGACGCUGACGGGAAUCCUGUGCCCGGUGCAGGCGGUGCGCGCCGCCGCCGAGGAGCAGGUGAAGGUGCUGGAGGUGACGGAGGAGUUUGGUGUCCAUUUGGCAGAGCUGACUGUGGACCCGCAGGGAGCGCUGGCCAUCCGGCAGCUAGCAUCUGUCAUUCUGAAGCAGUAUGUGGAAACUCACUGGUGUUCUCAGUCAGAAAAGUUUAGACCUCCAGAGACCACAGAGAGGGCAAAAGUUGCUAUUAGAGAGCUCCUGCCCAACGGGCUGAGAGAAUCCAUCAGCAAAGUGCGCUCCAGUGUUGCCUACGCAGUGUCAGCAGUGGCACACUGGGACUGGCCCGAAGCCUGGCCUGAGCUCUUCAACCUCCUGAUGGAGAUGCUGGUUAGUGGAGAUGUGAACGCGGUGCAUGGAGCCAUGAGAGUGCUGACAGAGUUUACGCGGGAAGUGACGGACACACAGAUGCCACACGUUGCUCCUGUUAUUCUCCCAGAGAUGUACAAAAUCUUCACAAUGGCUGAGGUGUAUGGUAUUCGCACGAGGUCACGUGCAGUGGAGAUAUUUACCACGUGUGCCCAUAUGAUCUGUAACAUGGAGGAACUGGAAAAGGGUGCAGCCAAAGUCCUGAUAUUCCCCGUGGUGCAGCAGUUCACAGAGGCUUUUGUUCAGGCCCUGCAGAUGCCUGACGGACCCACAUCAGACAGUGGAUUUAAGAUGGAAGUCCUGAAAGCUGUGACAGCGCUGGUGAAGAACUACCCGAAGCACAUGGUGUCCUCAAUGCAGCAGAUCCUGCCCAUCGUGUGGAACACCCUUACAGAAAGUGCUGCCUUUUAUGUGAGAACAGAAGUAAAUUAUACAGAAGAGGUGGAGGAUCCUGUGGAUUCCGAUGGUGAAGUGUUGGGAUUUGAAAAUCUGGUGUUCAGCAUAUUUGAGUUUGUUCAUGCCUUGUUGGAAAACAACAAAUUUAAGAGCACAGUGAAGAAGGCUUUGCCAGAGCUGAUCUACUACAUCCUUCUUUACAUGCAGAUCACAGAGGAGCAGAUAAAGGUUUGGACUGCAAAUCCCCAGCAGUUUGUGGAGGAUGAAGAUGAUGAUACUUUUUCCUAUACAGUGAGGAUUGCUGCUCAGGAUCUGUUGCUGGCUGUGGCUGCUGAUUUCCAGAAUGAGAGUGCAAGUGCUUUGGCUGCAGCAGCUACGAGGCACUUACAGGAAGCUGAGCAGGCCAAGAACAGCGGUGCUGAGCACUGGUGGAAAAUACACGAAGCUUGUAUGCUGGCCCUGGGCUCAGUGAAGUCCAUUAUUACAGACAGCGUGAAGAACGGCCGAAUCCAUUUUGACAUGCAUGGCUUCCUGACCAACGUUGUUCUGGCAGACCUCAACCUUUCAGUGUCCCCCUUUCUCCUGGGCCGGGCCCUGUGGGCCGCCAGCCGUUUCACAGUGGCCAUGUCCCCAGAGCUCAUCCAGCAGUUCCUGCAAGCCACAGUCAGUGGUCUGCAUGAAACCCAGCCGCCUUCUGUCCGAAUCUCUGCAGUCAGAGCUAUCUGGGGCUACUGUGACCAGCUGAAGAUCUCUGAGAGCACCCACGUGUUGCAGCCUUUCCUUCCCAGCAUCCUUGAUGGUCUGAUCCAUUUGGCAACGCAGUUCAGCUCAGAGGUGCUCAACCUGGUGAUGGAAACAUUGUGCAUUGUCUGCACUGUGGACCCAGCAUUUACAGCAAGUGUGGAGAACAAGAUCUGCCCCUUCACCAUCGCCAUCUUCCUGAAGUACAGCAAUGAUCCAGUUGUUGCUUCUCUUGCCCAAGAUAUCUUUAAGGAGCUGGCUCAGAUAGAAGCCUGCCAGGGUCCAAUGCAGAUGAGGCUAAUACCAACUCUUGUCAGCAUCAUGCAGGCCCCUGCUGACAAGAUCCCAGCAGGGCUUUGUGCAACUUCUAUUGAUAUAUUAACCACAGUUGUGAGGAACACCAAACCUCCUCUGUCCCAGCUCCUGAUCUGCCAAGCAUUCCCUGCAGUGGCUCAGUGCAGCCUGAACACAGACGACAAUGCUACCAUGCAGAAUGGUGGCGAGUGUCUGCGUGCGUACGUCUCCGUGGCUUUGGAGCAGAUUGCACAGUGGCACGAUGAGCAGGGCCACAACGGGCUGUGGUACGUGAUGCAGGUGGUGAGCCAGCUUCUGGAUCCGAGGACCUCAGAGUUCACUGCUGCCUUUGUGGGCAGGCUGGUCUCCACUUUAAUUUCCAAAGCAGGGAGUGAGCUGGGAGAGAACUUGGACCAGAUUCUGAGAGCCAUCCUGAGCAAAAUGCAACAAGCAGAGACACUCAGUGUAAUGCAGUCCUUGAUUAUGGUGUUUGCUCACUUGGUUCACUCACAACUAGAACCACUCCUUGAGUUCCUGUGCAGCCUCCCUGGACCAACAGGCAAGCCUGCCCUGGAGUUUGUGAUGGCUGAAUGGAUGAGCAGGCAGCACCUGUUCUAUGGGCAGUAUGAAGGCAAAGUCAGCUCAGUUGCUCUGUGCAAACUCCUGCAGUACGGCAUCAACACGGAUGACAAACGGCUUCAGGACAUCAGGGUGAAGGGAGAGGAAAUAUUUAAUAUGGAUGAGGGAAUACGGACACGAUCAAAAUCGGCCAAAAAUCCUGAACGCUGGACAAACAUUCCUUUGUUAGUAAAAAUCCUGAAAUUAAUAAUAAAUGAACUCUCAAAUGCAAUGGAAGCAAACGCAUCUCGACAGACCACUGCAGAUUGGAGUCAAGAUGAUUCGAACGAUAUGUGGGAGGACCAGGAAGAGGAUGAGGAUGAAGAUGAAGGCUUAGCAGGACAGUUCUUAUCAGAUAUUCUUUCCACAAACAAGUAUGAUGAGGACUACUAUGAGGAUGAUGAAGAGGAUGACCCAGAUGCGUUAAAGGACCCUCUUUACCAGAUAGAUCUCCAGGCGUAUCUCACUGACUUCCUGUGUCAGUUUGCACAGCAGCCCUGCUAUGCCAUGUUUUCAGACCAUCUCAAUGAGAAUGAAAAGCGAGUGCUGCAGGCCAUUGGCAUAUAAGCCCACCCAAGAGAGCACACUGAUCAUAUCUGAACCAUGUUUCUUGGCUUAUCCCAUGUUUUAUGACUAAACAUAAAACAUUCUCCGGUGCCCACCUGCGUGUUAGAGGUGGAUGAUGGCCUCGUGGCGACGUAUUGAGCCUCAUCUUAACAAAUCUGCUAAGGGAAGGAAUACUCAGAAAGCAGCAAAGACGGAAGUCUGUUGAGCUUUGCACAUUGGUCUCACCAUGGGAGCACUUUCAUUUUCCACAGUAACUUUCCAGGAAGUUCUUAAAAAAAAAAAAAAAAAAAAAAAAAGGAAAAAAAAAAAGAAAAA